AUGACACUGAGUCAAAAAACGCUUUCAAAAUGUCUAGCCUUAGAAGAAUUUGUGGGAGUUUAUGUUGAUGUAAAAAGACCUGGACAGCUGAAAGGUUGCCCCAUAAGCAUUUGCCCCACCCCAACCAUUGUACUCCAUGUGACCAAGAGCCUGAUACCGCGUGCAUCAUAUCCUAUCUGGUUGCGUCUUCUCCAGGAAGCUAAGAUGUUAAGAGAUACAGCACUGAAAAACAUCAUGAAACAUAUCCAUUAUGAAGAUGAAAGUACUAGGUACCUUUGUAUAUGCUCAGUAAACAAGGCACUAAAUAUGAUUUGUUGUUGGGUUGAAAAUCCAAAUUCGGAUGCAUUCAAGCAACACCUUCCAAGGAUCUAUGAUUAUUUAUGGCUUGCUGAAGAUGGCAUGAAGUUAAAGGUGUAUGAAGGCACACAAGCAUGGGAUACAGCUUUUAUUAUCAAAGCAUAUUGCACGACUGACCUGGUUCAUGAGUUUUCUCCAACACUCCGGAAAGCUCAUGAGUUCAUAAAAAGUUUGCAGAUCCCUGAAAACCAACCCGACCAUGAAAAUCAUUACCGCCAUAGAUCAAAAGGUUCAUGGGCUCAUUCAACAUUAGACAAUGGAUGGUCUGUAUCUGAUUGUACAGCAGAAGCAAUUCAGGCAUUGUUGAUGUUAUCAAAGAUCUCUUCCAAUCUUGCGGGGGAUCCCAUAAAGGAAGAAAGAUUAUAUGAUGCUGUGGAUUGCUUGCUUUCUUUUAUGAACAAAGAUGGCACCUUUUCAACAUAUGAGUGUAAGAGAACUGCAUCUUUGUUGGAGGUUCUCAACCCUUCUGAGACUUUUCUGAACAUUGUUGUUGAUCACCGUAAAUCUGUUGAAUGCACGUCAUCAGCAAUUCAAGCUCUUGUUAUGUUCAGAGAGUUGUAUCCAGGGUACCGUGAUGAAGAGAUUAAAAAAUGUAUUAAAGGAGCAUCCAAAUUUAUCGAGAGCAAACAACGAAAGGAUGGAACAUGGUUUGGCACUUGGGGUGUAUGUUUCACUUAUGGGACAUUUUUUGCAGUGCAAGGAUUAGUUGUUGCUGGAAGAACUUAUGAAAAUAGUUCUUCCAUUAGGAAAGCAUGUAGCUUUCUAUUGUCAAAGCAGCUAAGUACAGGUGGAUGGGGUGAGACUUACCCUUCUAAUGAAACUGAGGAACACAUUGGGAGCUUCAAUUGUUCCUUCUACUUCAACUAUGGAAACUACCGUAACCUGUUCCCAAUUUGGGCUCUUGGAGAGUUUCGGAGACGAAUUGUUGCAGAAAAGAAGAGGAACCAACAAGCAUGUUUGUUUUAG